AUGGCACCGCAGAAGACAGUUGACCUCAACAAGCCGUUGGACGCGGCCGAAGAGGCCGUAAUUCGUCGCGUGCCUCUAGAACCAGAGUUGGCCACAGUGGCCUUGACUUUGCAUGGAGAUAUCUAUCGACAAGCACAAGGAAAAACCAACCAUGCAAUCGUGUGGCACCCUCUUACACAGGCGUACAUUUGUAUUGUUUUUUUGGUGUCUACAGCCUAUGUGUUCAAGGACUUGGUGGAAGUUCUGGACUCAAUGAGAGAGUUUUUCGACUUGCUCAUGCACAACAAAUAUGUGUUGACCAGAUACUUCCCCGCAAUGAUUUUUGUGGCAGGGACAGUGGGGCUCAUCAGUUUUACCAUCACGGAUGAGUUCCGGGUCAUCAGCGAUAAGAUGGCCUCUGACAAGUACAUGGCGCAGGUUUUCCGGUUUCCAUUGAGAAUCUACGCCAAUGCCCAGCCCACCGAGCAGAACUCCGCUUUCGUCAAGUCGGCCUCCCAGAGCACUGAUUUUAUCGAGUACAGAAACUCACCGAUUGCUGUGGUCACAGUUGUGCCCUUGCCAAACCAGUCGACUAGCGACACGUUCUUCGCCAAGAUCACCGGGCUUCAUGUCAGAAAAUCCUACCGCAGUGCUGGUGCUGAAAGUGAUCUUUUGGAAUAUGCUAAGGAAAAGGCCAGACUGCUUUGCAGCCGAUACGUGGCCGACAACAAGAUACACACCAAGAACAUGCGUAUUGUCUUGGUGGCUGAGGCGUACUCUGUGGACCAGAACCUCACUUCGCUUUACCAGAAACUGGGCUUUUCGGUGAAAAACAAGACGACCAAGUUGGACCCGUACUCGGCCGAGGCCACGAAACACUUUUUCUACGUGAUUCCAGCAGGUGCGCUCUUGAAUUUUUUUGGAGUCUUCAGAGUCACCUACGAGCUUCAGUUGGACAAUGUCGUUGACUUGGUGGCAGAAUCUUCUGCAGCGAAGAAGAACAAGAACAAGCUUCGCAAAAGGACGUAA